AUGUUGGAUUGGGACCGGGAUUUUUUCGUCGGCUUGUGUGCGUCUCGCAAUUCUACAGAGGUUUCGGAUGGUCACUCGAGUUCUUAUGGUACGCUGAAGCCAGAAGUGGACCUGGCCAACUUAUCGCAGUCUUUGAGCCCUACGCGAUCCGAUGAAUUGCCUAAAGACGUAGAGCCGGACGAUGGUUGUUGGAUGUCGACUAUUCCAGCAGUUCCAAUGGAUUACAUGUCUAACGAUUCGUCUAUCUUUGAAGAUGAUGUUUUCUCGGAAGGAAGUGAUCCGAUCGUGCAGCCGGAUCAGACAAAACUCGCUGGAGAACCAACGAUAGAAAAUGCUGACGAGCUGCAUGUAGUUGGAAAUCCGUUGUUCUCCGAUCAUUGGACUGAUUAUCUCUAUGGACCAAUGGCAUUUGUUCAUCGUUCUGGAGAACCAGACAAGUUUUGGCUCGAGUACCGGAGAAGUCAACCAUCAUUCAAGCUGCUCAAAGUAAACACAGGGACGGGUGUAGAGUAUCCGAUUUUGGAGAAGGCCGCGAUUCCGCACCUCAAGAAUAAUCUCGAAGCCCUUCACUUACCGACGCAUAUCAUGAGCGCGAUAGAAACUUCUUUCAAUAAAGUUGUGUGCCAACGACCGUUCUCAUUGGAUUUUGAUUAUCCUUCAAACGACACUCGUCUCAACACUUUGCACUUGGAAAAAUUGCUGGAAUUUUCACAAUUGCGGGCACCGAGAAUAACGUCUCUGCUUGCUGCGUUUUCGCCUUCGGAAGAAAAACCUAUGAAGCUUCUGCCGGAGUCAAUUGACCAUGGAAGCUAUGCCUUCAAAUCGGUUGAUGGUGCCUUCAAUCCACACGAUAGCUGCGAUUUUUGUUACGGAAAAGCUAUGCGAGAGGCGAUUGCUCACGGAAAAGAGCCCCCGGAGAGAUUUGCUCACGGGCCCUGGUUCGGACAUCGACUACGGGACAAAAAGGGCGAUGUUUUGUGUCCUCGAAUGUUUGCCAUCAAAUGUUACACCUGCGGCGCGACGGGAAAAGGAGCACACACGUAUUCGCACUGCCCGUUCAACAGACAUCGUUUGCUAGGUGAAUCU